CGCAAAGUUUCUUGUCACACGUUGAAUAUUAUCAUGAAGAAGAAACUCUGUUUGUCCCCCAUUAUGUUCUUCUUCUUCUUCUUCUUCACUUCUCCUGUUGAGAUUGUAUGUUAUGAACAGCCCAUGGAUGGCCUGAAGAACUACAGGCAACUGGAGCUGCCUGGUGUGUUGGGUCCCGAAAGCAUUACCUUUGACUGCAAUGGCAAAGGCCCUUAUACUGGUGUUUCCGAUGGCAGAAUUCUUCAAUGGCGAGGACCAGAGGCUGGUUGGACUGAGUUUGCUUUUACUGCACCAAACAGGCAACGAGAGGUAUGUGAUUGGUCAACCGACCCAGAUAUGGAGCCCACCUGUGGAAGACCAUUAGGCCUUAAAUUCAGCCCUACAACUUGUGAUCUCUACAUUGCGGAUGCCUAUUUUGGGUUAAUGGUUGUCGGACCCAACGGCGGUCAGGCCCAACAACUCGUUGCUUCAGCCGACGGAGUCCCUUUCGGCUUCACAAAUGCUUUAGAUAUUGAUUCCAAAACUGGAGUGGUUUAUUUUACAGACAGCAGCAUCCGAUACCAAAGAAGAGAGUAUAUGUUCGCAGUAAUGGGAGGCGAUAAAACUGGGAGGCUAUUGAAAUACGAUCCACCUAGCAAGAAAGUAACAUUGAUGUUUAAAGGCUUAGCAUUUCCAAAUGGGGUGGCUCUAAGCAAGGACAAUUCGUUUCUUCUAGUUGCUGAAUCAUCUACAUUUCAAGUUUUAAGAUUCUGGCUUCAAGAUUCAACAAGUUACAAUACUCCAGAAGUCUUUGUGAGUCUUCCAAGGUUUCCUGAUAACAUUAGAAUGGACAAUGGAGGAGAAUUCUGGGUAGCUCUCAACAGUGCAAGAGGGAAAAUUCAAAGAAGUGGAGACACUGAGUUAGAUCUUAAAACUGUGAGUGGUUGGUAUUUUGAUGAUCCUGUUGGAGUUAAGGUAAAUAGGGAGGGGCAGAUUGUGAAAGUAUUGCAUGGAAAUAAGGGAGAGGAACUUGACUCUGUUAGUGAAAUUGAAGAGCAUGGCGGCUACUUAUUUAUGGGGUCAUCUGUGAAGGCUUAUGUUGGAGUCAUGCAGCUGUAGCUAAUUUCGAUGUAACAAAAAAUAAAUUGCCCUUAAUAUUUGAAUAAUUAUUUCUAUUAUUAUUAUU